UCUCUGACCCGUUUAAUUUCUUCAUUCCCUCGAAACCCUAAAAAUAAUCUAUAAAAGAAGGGAAAAAAGAGGAAAAAUCUCGAAAACCCUAGAUUUCUGAGGAUUGGUCGAGAUGCUUGCGAUCGGGGAAAUGGAGGGGAUAGGGUUCGAGGAUCUCCCCAAGAUCGGAGGGAUCGCCACGGUGUCGCUCCUCCACUCCUUCAUCCCGACGCAUUGGCUCCCCUUCUCCAUCGUCGGCCGCGCUCAGAAGUGGACCCUCUCCAGGACUCUCCUCGUCACUGCAUUUGGAGCUGUAUUGCAUGUCACGUCAACCUCACUUCUUGGAAUAACUGCAAUCACCAUGGCUAAUACCAUUGCCGGUGAGGAAACAGUGCACAGACUUGCUUCCCUUCUACUUGUACUUCUGGGAGGGAGUUACAUACUAUUGUUUGCCCUGGGAAAGGGUGGUCAUAGUCAUUCACACGGUCAUCCGAUGGAAAAGAUGGCUGUAGCUGGGCUUGUUCUUGUACCGGCUCUUUCUCCUUGUGCCACGACGCUUCCUGUGUUUCUUGCAGUUGGUAACUCAUCCUCCAUGAUGAUCCUCGCAAUUAUUGUGCUUCUUUUCAGCACUAUAACUGUGAUGACCUCAUUGGUAGCCCUAUCAUAUUAUGGGGCUAGCAAGAUCAAGUUUCACUGGGUUGAGCGCAAUGAUAAGCUUCUUGUAGGAUCAGUCUUGUGCCUGGUGGGAAUAUUAACAUACAUUUUCCAUGAUCACGAAGGCGAAGGGCAUUCUGAACAUCUGCACAACAGAAAGCUUAUUGGCUUGUGAGAAUGGAAUCAGCUCAGUUAUUCUCUACUGGACUUUUCUUGUUAUGUGUAUCUUCUGAAUUGGCUAUCAAGGUUGUAUGCAAAUUGGCUUUUUGCUCUCAGGCUUCUUACAAUUGAUUCAAGAUGGGAGGAGGCAUAUAAAUUGCAAAUCCUCUCUAUUGUAUUCUUCCCCCGAGCUUUGCUCUCAGGCUUCUUACAAUUGAUUCAAGAUGGGAGCUUUGCAGUUGUGAAAAAUACAUAAACAAGAAUGCAGCAAUCAAUCUGUUGUUUGAUGUUACUAUGAUUGUUAUCCCUUUUUUUUAUCUUCCUGAUUUGUGAGUUGGAACUCAGGCAAGUUUUGUAAAUUUUCUCGUGUUUCGUAAAUAAAAUAUUAAAAGUUUUUCUCU